AUGGGAGUCAGAGCAAUCGCCGCAGCUUUGCAAGGUGCGCGGCUCAAAGUGCUCUGCGGAUGCAUUUCAUUUGGAAAGGGGCCCGACAAAGACAAUACGGAGGGUUUACGGAGUGCUUUGGCCCGUUUACGCAACAGAACGGGCCCCUCAAUUCCACAACCGCAACCCACUCCGCCAGCCUCACCAUUGCCCUCCAACUCACACAGCGGCAGCGGCAGCGGCAGAUAUACGAGCAACGCCCAACAACUGCCGCCCACUAGCCCGCUCACCGGACCACGUCCUCAGCAACAGCAACAGCACCCGCAUCCGCAUCCACACACAAAGCCAGCUGCAGAGGCUGAAGGAGGAGCAGGAGUACGGCGAAGAGAAUCGGCCGCCGACGGCAACCACAUCAAUGGCCUCACUCACUAUCCUGAGCGCUAUGUACCCGGCUCACCCAUCUUUCGCGAUAGCAGCGCACCGCCCAAUGCCACGCCUACAACACCUAUAACAGCUGCGCCCUCAGCAGCAGCAGCAGCCGCCACGACGACGACCACAGCGAGCGCUUCCCCCACCUCCAGGAGUCGUGGUCAAGCCAUGACAAUAUCCCUUUCACAUGCAGCACAGGGCAACGUAACGGCCUCAAAGAGCACCACUAACAAUAGCAGCAACAACAACAACGAACCCAAGCCUUUGCCCACCUGCUACAUGAGCACUCGGUCCGCGGCGAUGAUGGCACUUACGCUGGGCCAACAAUCCAGCGAGAAGAAGUCAUCAAAACCAGCUAGCGGCAAGCAAACCACGUCCAGUUCCAGUUCCAAUGCCUCGCCACGCACUAACAAUAGAGCUGUCUCCAUGACGCGUCCUGCUAACCGAUCCACGCCCGCAACGGCAGCUAUGUCCACUGUGAAUGCUGCUAAUUCAACUUGCACAGCAACAGCUACGUCCACGACCACGUCCAGAGCCACGAAGCCAUCAACGCCCACAGCAGUGCGGGCUGCUGCCCAGUUAAACGGCAUAGGUAUCCUCUCGGGCGGCAGCAACUCAAGCGGCUCGGACAAUGAUGGAUUCAGCACUUCGGGCUCCUCAACGGCAACGGCUCUCCGUCGAUUGUAUUUCAAAAGCGGGCGCAGCAUCAAGAACAAGAUCAAUUCAUCCACCUCCUCCGCACCACUCAACAAUUUGCCCAUGAAUGCCGUCUCCAGCGCCUAUCACAACUCGGUGAGUGGUGCAACGGCCAUGCAUACAAUGGGGGUCUCUGGAGUGCCCAAGCUGGUUGUGAUGGGCACUUCAUCGGCCUCCAUUCCGGAUACGACCAUCAACACAUCCACGGACUCGGCCUGCACACUCAUUACCAAUGUGACGCACACGGACACGUCGGAGACCUGCGAUUCCCUGGACUUGGGCGACAAUUCUGGCCCCAGCGAGCCGCUGUUCAGCUCGCUGGAGGAGCCUUUGCUCACGGCCAUACAAAUCGAUUCAGAACAUGAGGCGGGCGGCACUGAAUUGGAACUAACGAGCUGCUCACGCUAUCCCCCGCGACCCGACAUGAAUCUCCAGGACAGUACCGAGAGCCAGGAAUCCUGUUUGUCCAUAUUGACGGGGGAGCCGUCAUCAACAACCCCGCUGCUCGUGUCGUCACGUCAGCCCAGCACGGCGCCGCCGCCCACACGUGGACGUGAGCACUUCACCUUCGAUCCGCCGCAGUCACCGAAGUCGGCGCGCAGCAGCGAGAAGGCCCGCAGUCACUUCACCUUCAAGGAUGAGACACAGCAGGCGCGCCGAGCUAGUAGCUCCCAUUAUACGGGCAGUACAGCCACCGCCGAGGCUAAAGAGAUGCACGAGGAGCGCACUGCGGCCAAUCGCAACAAGAAACUGCGUGCCAGGGAGCGCGAUACAAUGAAUGCUAAUGGCGGCGGCGGCAGCGGCAGCGGUGGCAGCACACGUAAUCGGAUCUCGCCCAGCGUUUCACCCUCGUCCAGCAACCGCACCAGUCCCAAGCGUGAACGGAAGCGCACCACGCCCUCUGCUUCAACGGGCGCCAUAGCCAAGAUCAACUCUGCGCCGCCAACAAUGAAGGAAGGCAACUUCUUCGGCAGCUGCCAGAACCAAAAGCAGCGUCAAUCCCAGCAGCAGCAGCUGUCACCCUCUUCUUCGACCUCUGCGCAGCAGCGUAAGUAUUCGUCCAGUUCAUCCAGCGGCAGCAGCGAACGCUGUCUACGAGACGCAGCCGCUGGCGGCACAAUGUUUCCCUUUGAUCGUGAGGCCCUCGACUAUGAGCGCAUCCAGCGGGAAUGCUUUGCGCCCAGCUCGGCAACGGCCAGCACCAGCAGCGACUCGGAAGAAGGGGAGAAUUGUUCCGUAUACGAGCGCAAGCUGAGCGCCGACAUCUUUCAGCAAUACUCGCGUCUCACCCAACAGGAGCAGCAACAGCAGCAGCAUCAGCUUAAUCAUGAGCGGGAUAGGGAUUGGGAGCGGGAGCGCGAGCGUCCACCCUCCCGAAAGAACUCCAAGCGCAUACGACCAGAUUCCGUGAUACACACAACCAUACGCGAGAAUCAGCAAUAUGUGCCACAAUCGGACGCGUUCUAUCCGCAGACCAAGUCAUCCUCCUCGCCCAGCGAUCAUUCAUAUGCCGAGCUGAACAAAUUCGAGGAUAUCGCUAGCAAAUUUGAGCAAAUACCACCCAAACAUGGCUCCAACUCGACGCUAAAUCUGCAGAUGCUGCAUAUGCAUAGUCCAGGCAGCGAAUCCUUGGCAUCAGCAUCACUUAGUCCCACAGAUACCACACGGAAACGCUCUUUCAAAAGCAAAUCCAAAUCGAAGACGCAGACGCAGCUGCAGGCUCAGGCACUGGAGGAUUUACUACCGGGUUCAAGUUCGAGUGCGGGCGCCAUUAAUGUGACUGCAAAUCCCUUAGAGGCAGCCGCCGUCUGCAAGCAGCCCCGUGCCACAAUCGUUGUACAACAACUCUCUGCUUUGUUGCCGUGCCUUGUGGCAGCUCAUAAAAAGCCUCGCACCGUUGGCGGAUCGAGUCAUUCAUAUGUUUACGAUCCGCCAGAGAGCAACACAGCAUCCAAGCAACAAUCCGUAAAAUAA